AUGUACUCAAAGUUCUGGCCUAAGGGCGGUCUGCCGGGCAUUCUACACCACUACACAGAAACCCUCGUCACAUUCGAAUACACCACAAACACCAUCCGCAAACCACACAGUCUCCUCUUCGUCGGCGGUCUCGGAGACGGCAUGGCAACAACAUCCUACAUGGCCGAUCUGGCCCACGCCCUACAACCGACCGAAUGGUCCCUCUUCACCCUGAACCUCACAUCGUCCUAUCAAGCCUGGGGGCUGGGACACCUCGACAGAGACACCAACGAGAUCGCGCAGUGUCUGAACUACAUCAAGGAGUACAAGACGGAGCGAUUCGGCGGCGGCAAGAUCGUCCUCAUGGGCCAUUCAACGGGGAGCCAGUGCGUCGUGCACUACCUCUCCCGACCGAAUCCGCACACGGGCACCCCCGCCUUCGACCCUUACCUCGAGCAUAUCACGCGGAUGCCGCUCGACGGGGCGAUCAUGCAGGCGCCCGUGUCUGACCGGGAAGCGAUCCAGUGGGUCCUUGCCGAGGGGAUUGGAGAGAGGACGCCGGCUGAGAUCCGGCCUGUCUUCGAGAAGCUAGCGGCGAUGGCGAGGGAGGCGGUUUGCGACGCGCAGGCCGGGACUGAUGUGCUGCUGCCGUUGUCGAUGACCUCGCUGGUCUACCCGGCUCACACGCCGCUUAGCGCACGGAGGUUUCUGAGUCUUACGAGUCCCGAGAGUCCGCAGUCGCCGAGUGAGGAUGAUCUGUUCAGUUCGGAUUUGAGCGAUGAGCAGCUGGGGAGGACCUUCGGGAUGAUCGGAGAGCAGGGGCUGCUGCGGGGGAAAUUGAUGGUGUUGUUUUCUGGGGCGGACCAGUCGGUGCCCAGUUGGGUUGACAAGGAGAGGUUACUAUCGCGGUGGAGGAAGGCCACGGAUCAUGAUGGGGAAGCCAAGAUCUGGGAUGAAAAGCACAGCGCUAUAAUACCGAAUGCAUCCCACGCGUUGAGUAAUGAUGAUCAGGCUGAGCCUCGGAAAUUUCUUGUUGAGAAGGUGAUGGGAUAUCUAUCGGCGGUAGUGAGGGCUUAG